AAGCCUUUGCCUUGGACGCUUGUCUCCACAUUUCCAAAGUUGAAACGCUAAGGAAAAGACCUUUGUCUGGAAACCCUUCCACAACUCAGAGAGAGAGACCGAAGAGCCAUGGGGAGGCCACCUUGCUGUGACAAGAUCGGGGUGAAGAAAGGGCCAUGGACUCCUGAAGAGGACAUCAUCUUGGUCUCUUACAUUCAAGAUCAUGGUCCAGGGAAUUGGAGAGCAGUUCCUACUAGCACAGGUCUGCUUAGAUGCAGUAAGAGUUGCAGGCUUAGAUGGACUAAUUAUCUCCGCCCGGGUAUCAAACGCGGUAACUUUACUGAUCAGGAGGAGAAGAUGAUAAUCCACCUCCAGGCUCUUUUGGGCAAUAGAUGGGCUGCCAUAGCUUCUUAUCUUCCUCAGAGAACGGACAAUGAUAUAAAAAAUUAUUGGAACACCCAUUUGAAAAAGAAGCUGAAGAAGUUUCCCACAGGUGUAGACCAUAAUCAAGAUGGGUUUUCAAUCUCCAAAGGUCAGUGGGAGAGAAGGCUUCAAACAGACAUCCACAUGGCUAAACAAGCGCUAUGUGAGGCUUUGUCCAUAGAUACGUCAAGCUCGCUGCCUGACUUGAAGAGCUCUAACGGCUACAACCCUAACACCAGACCUGUCCAAGCAUCUACAUAUGCAUCCAGUGCUGAAAACAUAGCCAAAUUGCUGGAAGGUUGGAUGAGAAAUUCACCAAAAUCAACUCGAACGAAUUCUGAAGCUACUCAGAACUCCAAAAACUCCAGUGAAGGGGCAACUACACCAGAUGCUCUUGACUCGUUGUUUAGCUUCAACUCUUCCAACUCUGAUCUUUCUCUGUCUAAUGAUGAGACAGCAAAUUUCACACCCGAAACCAGUCUCUUCCAAGAUGAAAGCAAGCCAAAUUUGGAGACUCAAGUCCCUCUCACAAUGAUAGAGAAAUGGCUCUUUGAUGAAGGUGCUGCUACUCAAGAACAAGAAGACCUAAUUGACAUGUCACUAGAGGAGACUGCUCAGCUCUUCUAGAAAUGUUUUAACCCUCAAGGUCCUUUCCUUGUUUUUGUGCUUCCUCUUUGGGAGGGAGCUUUAGGCAUUGACCUGAUAUAACAUCUUUCAAGCUAAGCCUGAGCAGAAAGAGAUCAAACCCUUAGUGAAAGCACAUAGAAGUGUAAAUUACAAGUAUAUCAAUACUGCGUAAUGUACUCCAUAAAAAAUAAGAACUCUUCAUCUUCUCAGAACUGAAAUUCCUUGUACUUUGCGUGCCUUUAAUUAGGGGGCAUAUAUAUCUCAAGAAUGAGAACUAAAUAUCUAGGGUUUUUCACUUGA